AUGAGUACAAUAAAAUUGAACCCAGAUAUAAGAAUCCAGACUCAUUCAAAAAUUGUGAGAUUUUACACAGAAAAGGCUAAAAGAAUUUUUUAAAACAUUAAAUGCAAAAGAGAAAAAAGAAUUGAAAAUCCUCAGGAAAUUUACGAAAUGAAAAGAGAAGAAAGAUAAUAAGAGAGAAAAGAACUGCAUGAGGAUGGAACUGAUAAGGAAGAAAUGCAUUUAUUGUGGAGCAAAAAAUCAUGAUCCUUUGGAGUGUUGCUAUUUUAUUUGCUUUAUUUGCAAACAGCAUGGGCAUUUCGCUGGGAAAUGUAAAAACCUGUUGAAAGCUUGUAAGGAAUCGAAGAAAAUAUGUGAAAAUUGUGAAUCCAUAACGCAUGAAUCUUCUCAAUGCUUAGCCUUAACUUAAACUUAAAUUGCAGGUCUUGGCUUGCUCGCCUAUGGGUAACACAGGCACCAAUAAAUUUCAGGGAGAUUCACCUUUUCGAUGACAACAGGGAGGACGGCUUGACUUGGGAUGAUAAAUUCACCUAACGAGUUAAAGCUCGGACACCAUCAUUCCUUUUUUUCACCGCUGAUAGCAUGGCAUCUGUAAAUAAAGCUUAUGUCUUCGUCUCCAUCUCCUUGCAUUGCAGGCUCCAGUGUUGAAGAGGAAGGCCAUGGAUUUUCUGCGGCAUGUUGCUUGGGUUGAACGAAGGUUUUCCGCACAAAAAUCCCCAAAAAUGGAAUUUCUGGCCAACUAUUGGUAAAGGAAAAAUUCAAAACCUGGUGCGUAACUCCCAGGUUCACACUCGGAAUUUGCCUGAAUGGUCCUAGGCAUUGGCUGCAUACGUGCUGGGCUUUUCAUUUCCAACUCUGAAACCACCUUUUCCCUCGAGGUAAAAAUCAACUCCUGAAAGCGACUAGGGCUAGGCAAUACUGCCCAUUUCUUGGCUUGCAAAACCUUGUCGGAUAUAAAUAAAAUAGCUCAAGUCAUUGCUGGGAGGCAAUGCCCUAGCCUAGACGCUAUUUUAUUUAUCCCUUAAUGCUUAGCCAAAACUGAUUUUAUUCCAUUCGAAAAAGAGUUAAAAGACGUAGCAUGCCUGACAUGCCGACGAAUGGGGCACAUAAAUUGCUCUGAAUUAUGAUGAAGUUGCUAG